AUGAGAUCAACCGUUGGCUUAGGGGCCGUGUUGCUCCUUUGUGUUUCGCUGCAGUGUGUCGCUGCCGAACCAAAGCCGGACCUGGGCAUCAAGGCAACGAUCAGUGGUGCCUCGCGAAUAACCACCCUGUCGUCGCAACUGUCAGCCAACUUUGAUAAGAUUGACAAUACGAAUGUCCCACUGACGAGCGGGUACUCGCUGCUGGUGAACAUGAAAGCGGCCCUGCUCAACAUUGGAUCCCGUUUGGCCAGCGCCGGAAUGACUCUGGCAUCCACCAUCAGUACGCUGGCGGCGAACAAGACCAACGACGUGAACGGAGCGUUUGCCCCGGUCUACACGGCUAUCGGCGCGCUGCAGACGCUGCUGUCGAGUGGCUACAGUGCACAGUUUAUCACCCUGCAGGCCCAGGGACUGUUCAUAACGAAGCAGUUUAACGAUGCAUUCGGCUCGGUCGCUCAGGGCCUGACGGCGCUCUCCGGAGCACUGGACCGGCUGAAAGCGGGCUUGAUAGCGGCUCGCGAUGCACCGGGCAACACGGCUACGGCCGUUUCGACCGCGAACGUGAACAAGUACGUGAAAACGGUCAUGAUCUCGGACGUGCAGGACGCCCUGUCGUCCAUCAGUGCGAGUCUUCCGCUGGUACAGUACAUCAUCGAUUCGGUGCAGGGCCGCCUCGCCACGUCGGAUGCCUUCGUUACCGACGUGACGAACGAGGCAGACACGAUGCUCGGUGAGGUGGACGACGAUCAGCAGACGUUUGCGGAUGCAACAGCAUCCAUCGCAUCCGAUAUUGGCACGGCGUUCAAUGUAACCAUAACACCGGUGUACGCGGCGCAGCUGGCAGCCAUUGCGGACGUGCAGGGCGCACUGAGCAGUAUCAGCUCGUACCAGCAAGAUUUGCAGCCGGUCCUUGGCAUGCUGGACACGUUGCUUGACGCCGACGGCAUUAGUGCCCUGCAGACCGACAUCGCGAAUGCGUUAGGCAACUUCGUCACCCAGGUGGACGAAUCGAUAGCCGGCACGGACGCCAUCGCAACGCUCUUCAAGAGUGAAGGCUGCGGUGCGAUUAAGGCCACCAUCGAUGCCCUGGUCGCAUCCGGACCGUACGCCAGCUUUUGCUUCAGCAAGUUCUCUCCCCGAUCCUUCAACCAGUUCGCGCUCACCUUCUACGACGUGUCGGAGUGCAAGGUCAUCGAGGUGAUCCGGUUGGGCUCGCUGCAGACGCUGAUGCAGGUGAUCAUCGACAUGAUCGUGUUCGAUGUGGAGGAUCUCGGGGAAGCGAUCGCCUCAUGCGCACCUCUGUCCAACGGUGCCGCCUGUCUGACUUUGAUCGGAUCGUACUACGACGAGCUGGCCAUCACGAUCGACGCGAAGCAGAGCUACAUGGUAGACGUCCUGAUUCAGGAGACCAACUUUAGUUUGCAGCGCCUGAACGCAUGCGUUACGGUGGCCAAAUAUUCGAUGGUCAUCUCUCUCGCGGCCCUCGUCACAGACCUGACGGAGUGCACCGUCAGCGGUCCCAACGUGGGGCCUUAG